AUGAUUCCUCUUUUCAAGGAGCGCAGGGCAUCACUGUAUGACCGUGAUCCGCGCGGAUGGACGUUAUUACACUAUGCAGCCUUUAAAGGCGAUAUUGACACAAUCAAAUACCUCGUGCGCUUGGGUCUGAGCAUACACGAAACGAGUGCCGACGGCUGCACACCACUGUACUAUCUCUGUCGAAACAACGACCAUGUCGGCGAGAUCGUGAGCGUAUACCGCUUUAUCAAAUCCAAUGACGACCUAUCCGAUGCUGCAUGCGCCCUAUUCCUCCCAAGGAGGGACUACUACAAGAAAAGCUCCCUCCACCACUUUCUUUGGAGCGUACCCAACCUAUGGGACUUGGUGAAAGCCGAGUCGCCCCUGGUCACUCUUGACUCACGCUUCACGUCGAUCAUCUGGGAGUAUGUUGACCCCAGAAUUAUAUUGGAUAUCUUCAUUCGCGAAGUGUCCAAAGCCGAAACUGUAAGACGCCAAUUAAACGGUGUUACCGAGAGCUCGCUUCACGAGUUUUCAAAGAUCUACUUCCAUCAUGUCGCUGGGUGGCCAAACGCACCACACAUGAGAACCAGGUCCUCCGAAUGGAGAAAGCUUGCUCGUUGGCUACUCAAAGGAUUGCGUCCUAAGGAUCUGAGUCGGCAGGGCAACGAAAUCUGGGAAGCGACCACCCCACUGUUCGCAGGAUUGAUGAGCGCGAGAUGGCCGACUCCCGUGAAGAAGCGGGAAAUCCGACGGAAUAAUCGUCAGCUCGAGAGCAUGUUACUGCUCUGGCUCAAGGAUGUCCAAGCUGCGGGUGUAAACCUCGCCUCAUACGGGUGGUGGGAGCGGAAGAGAUUUGGUGAGAGCUGGGUACUUCAGAAUGCUCGCUGGGCUAGUUUAGCAUAUGACGGGAAAGGGCCACGAUUGAAGUCCAUUUCCACUGGAAAUCUUCCACAGGACUGGAAGCUAGUUUGGAAUUGGCACGAGGAAUUUACAUGGCUCAGGGAGCCUGUGGUCAGUGUGUUUUUUCAAUGGGCUGAGCGCCCGCCGCCUUUGAUGCCGGGUUCAUGGCAGAGUGACGACGAGCUCUGA